GCAGCGCCCACCCCCGCCGACGCCCGGACACGCCCCUUCCGGCCCAAGCUCCGCCCCCGCCCCACCGCGAGCCGGCCUCUCGGUCCACUGUGCUGGCCCGCAGCUGCGUCUACCGCCGCCGCUCUGAGGUCACCGACAGGGCCGGGCUGUGGGGGGGCGGAGGGACGGAGGGAAGAUGGCGGCCGAGGCCGGAUAUUGGCGCCGCCUCCCCCAAUCCUGGAGCCGGCGCAGAUGAGGCGGCUCGGUUGGGGCCAGCGGCGCUUUGGAACCGGAGCUGGGGGGACCCUGGCGGUGGGGCCUGGCCCUGCUGUAUGCCGGCGCCUCGGUUAGAGUGAGCAGCGGCAGAGGCGACGCCUCUUUCCCUGUCGCUGUGAGUCCGAGCCGGUGGCUGGCGGCAGAGGCGGCAGGGCCGGGAUGGAGGACGUUAACUCCAAUGUGAACGCGGACCAGGAGGUGCGGAAGCUGCAGGAACUGGUGAAGAAGCUGGAGAAGCAGAACGAGCAGCUGAGGAGCCGGUCGGGGGCCGUGCAGGGCGCCGGCCCCCUCGGGCCCGGCAGCCCCGUUCGGGCCGGCACGUCCACUCCCUCCUCAGGCGCGGCGUCCCCUCGGGGCUUCCCCCUGGGCCUCGGCGCCAAGUCCGGCAGCGCGGCCGGGUCCGGCCCGAGGCGGACGAGUAACGAGGAGUUGCGGGACUGCACCUCCUUGCUGGCAGCGGGCGAGGGCGGCUUGCUGGACGAGGUGGAGCCGCUGCGGCCCGAGGAACUGGAGCGCCUGUCAGGCUGGGAAGAGGAGGAGGAGAGCUGGUUAUAUUCAUCACCAAAGAAAAAACUUACACCAAUGCAGAAAUUGGUUAGUCCAUUAGUUUGGUGCAGGCAAGUUUUGGAUUACCCAAGUCCUGAUGUUGAAUGUGCUAAAAAGUCUCUUAUCCACAAACUUGAUCAAACUAUGUCAGCUCUCAAGAGGCAGAAUUUAUAUAAUAAUCCUUUCAACUCCAUGAGUUACUCAAGUCCAUACAGUCCAAAUGCAAGUAGCCCAUAUAGCAGUGGUUUCAACUCACCAUCCUCCACUCCAGUGCGACCUCCAAUAGUCAAACAGCUUAUACUUCCUGGGAAUUCAGGUAAUUUGAAAAAUUCAUCAGACAGAAAUCCUCCACUCAGUCCUCAAUCGUCUAUAGACAGUGAGUUAAGUGCUUCAGAAUUAGAUGAAGAUUCAAUUGGCUCCAAUUAUAAGCUAAAUGAUGUAACCGAUGUGCAGAUUCUAGCUCGGAUGCAGGAAGAAAGUCUCCGGCAAGAAUAUGCAGCCACCACAUCUCGGCGCAGUUCUGGUUCAUCUUGCAAUUCUACAAGACGGGGUACUUUUAGUGAUCAGGAACUUGAUGCACAAAGUUUAGAUGAUGAAGAUGACAAUAUGCAUCACGCAGUAUACCCUGCUGUUAACAGGUUUUCACCAUCACCACGCAAUUCACCUCGACCAUCACCUAAGCAGUCACCCAGAAAUUCACCUCGUUCACGAUCUCCUGCUCGGGGAAUAGAAUAUAGUAGAGUGUCCCCACAGCCUAUGAUUAGCCGCUUACAGCAACCUCGCCUUUCACUUCAAGGCCAUCCUACAGAUUUACAGACAAGCAAUGUUAAAAAUGAAGAAAAACUACGACGUAGUCUUCCAAACUUGUCUCGAACAUCUAAUACACAAGUUGACUCAGUGAAGAGCAGCAGAAGUGACUCAAAUUUUCAAGUGCCAAAUGGAGGAAUACCUCGUAUGCAACCUCAGGCUUCAGCCAUACCUUCUCCAGGCAAAUUCCGCUCCCCUGCAGCACCAUCUCCUCUGGCUCUCCGGCAGCCAGUAAAAGCAUUUAGUAACCAUGGCUCUGGUUCUCCUGGCAGCCAAGAAACAACACAGCUCACACAAACCACCUCCUCACCUGGGCCUCCCAUGGUUCAGAACACAGUCCCUGCAAAUCCUCCCAGCAAUAUCAACAGCAUGACUCUAACCAGACCAGCAGGGACGACCUCAAUGAGAAGUGGCUUGCCCAGACCCAGUGCUCCUUCUGCUGGGGGGAUACCAGUGCCUCGCAGCAAACUUGCACAGCCUGUCCGCAGAUCCUUGCCAGCUCCUAAAACCUAUGGUAGCAUGAAAGAUGACAGUUGGAAAGAUGGCUGUUACUGACCAGCAAAGAAAAGAAUGCAGAGGUCCACAACUUCAUGGAUACCCCGUCACCAAGCUAAAAGUCAACUUUUAUAUGCAGACUGUUCAGAUAAGACUCUUGGGAUUUAUACAGUCCCAACCCUCUCUGUCUUAAUUAGCACAAACUGACAGAGAUGAUCAAGCAGCACUUUAAUGACAUUUAACACCAGACUUGUUUGGUAAUCAUACAAUCACUCUCCAUGGAAUCACUUUUAGUUUUGUUUACUAGAAACUAAGUUGAUUUUUAAAUAUUUGGCAGAGGCCAAUAUCUGGGCAAAAACUAAUGGAUGCCAAAGAGAAAUGCCCAUUUGUGAAUGAGAGAAUACCAUUGUGCAGAAGAAAAUGGUGAAUUCUAGCUAUCCAAACUUCACGUUCAACCUAAUUUACUGUAUAAAUAGUACCAAUAAAUACCUGUGUUAAUGCUAACUAAUUACCUACAAUGUUUCACUAGUAGUCCACUAGUACUUUAAGAAACUAGAUUCAGAUGAACAGGGUGGGGAGAAAGCUAUAGAUUUAAAACAAGAUACUUAAAUUUGGGGGAAUUCUAUAAGUGGUUUUUGCAGUCAUUAGGAAAAUAAUUUUGUUUAGUUUUUAAGUUUUGGAUGUAGUACACAUCACCACCACCACCACCAGGUAGUGUUACAGCACACAUCCAUCAUGUUGCAUUGACACAUCGGACUUCUGUGUGUUUGUUUUGAUUGCCAAAAGGGCUUAAUAUCAAUUGUACAAUCUUUGUAAACUUUAUAGCUUCUGGCUCAGGAAAGAUAGCCUUUGCUAUUGAAGCCAACUUCUUCACAUCUGUUAUCUGUUACGGAACUAAGAGCUCUUGUUUUAAUAACAGGUUUCCAUGAUGGGAAAGAGCAAGUAGUAUGUGUCUUAUUCUUGAUAUAAAUAACACCACCUCAGUGCUUACAACCUGGAACAAAACCAUACAGUGAGAGAGAGGGCAAACAAAAAUCUAUGCACUUAACUUACAAAUCUCUGGUAAUGACUGGUUGUUGUUACCAUUAAUUGACACAACGGUUUAUCAUUUGAUAGGAAAAUAUAGCCUGCUGAAUCCUACUUAAAUUUAUACACUUUAAACUGAGUAACUGCAUAAAACAUUCUUUGGUAAUACUGUCCCUUUUGACUUAGAUUCUGCCUUAUGUAAAUUUUUGCAUUUUUGGUAACAACCUCCUACAUGUGACUCAAAACCUGUUGAAUACUUGCUUUCUAAUAGCUCUUAUGUAUGUCUUGGAAGUUUCUUAUUUUGGUUUUAUCAGACUAAUCAGAUUAAAACUUCCUUCUGCAGCAGGCUUCUCAUUUUUUGUUAACGGUUUGUUUUUAGAUACUGAAUUUGAACAGCUCUAAAUACUGUCCAUCAAGUACCUAAAGAGUUUUAGAAAUUCGAACAUGAGUUCAUUUCCUGUUAUUCAAAGACAUUCUGUAAGUUGGCAAAAGAAGUUGAGAGAGAAAUCGGAGGCUUGAUAUUCAGGUUAGUAAUAAGGUUAAGAGGUUGAGAGAAUGGUGAAAAUGAAAGCCACAACCCCAGCCUGCUGAGACUGACACCAUGGUAGUUUUAUUAGCUUGACCGAUAGGAAGUCAUUCAUUAGCACAAGCAGUGGAAACUGCCCACCAGUGCUAAUAUAUUUUGAGGUGUAAUACAAGGAAAAAAAUUUUAUCCUUGGAUUUGAGGGCAAUGAGGAUGGGUCAGGAAAGGAUGGCGCCAGAAUUCCACACGAUGAUGAUCUAAAAAAUGUUGCUUUUUAGAGAAAAAUAAAAGAAAGUAUCUGCUUUGGGUGGGGGGAGGGGUAUCUCAUGUAAAAAUCCUAAGUGGAAGAACUAGCCACUGUCUCUUUAAAAACCACAUAUAGACAAAAUAGGUCUCAUUUUUCAGUGCAACAGUACAAGAAAAAUAUGCUGCAAUCUAAUAAUUAUGGUAAAUUUUAAACUCAUGAAACACCCAUUACAUUUUUGAGGUUAGAUUAUCCGUUUCAAAAGGAGUAUUCAGGUUAUUUAACUUUGUUUUUAAAUGGCUGCAUCAGAAAAAAAAGUCUAUUUUUUUUUAUUAAAAUAUUCAUCACUUGUUGAAAACUUCUUUGGAUCUGAGUUGGGUAAAGUAUUGUUUUACCUGCUGUUGUACUACCACAGACUAUUGGCUUUUAGUUUCCUAAAGAGAAAAAUUGUCUUUUUACUAGAAUGCCUUUGUGUAUUGCCAAUUUUUCUGUUUGGGAAAGUCUAAGGAUUCACUGUGGUUAGUUUCACAGAAGAAAUGUGGAUUUAAUAACCUAGUGCCUAUGAUUUUAACUUAUGUUUGAUAUAUAGUAGUAAGGGUUUUAUGAAUGUUAUUUUUUGUGCCAACAGCCCAGAAUUGUCAUUUAUAUGUAAGCAGAAAAAACUAUGAACUCUGCUUCCAAAGUUAUUUAAUUUUCUCAGUGUUUGAAUGUUAUUUUUUUGUAAGUGUGUUAAUAAAAAGUGUAAAGAAUUGGAAAAAAUAUAAAUAUUCUUAACUCAAGCAUUUGCUGGAUCAUUUUUCUACAGAACUUGUUUGUAUGAUAUAAAACACUCUUUGAAGAGUUGACUUUUUUCAGUUUUCAUACCCUGGAAAUCACAUUUUGUAAAACUGGGGACCAUUCAUAAUUGUCAGAUACUUUUUAAAAUUAUUAUCUCAAUACAUCACUUUUAUAAAAAAAGUUUUUUUGAAAGGAAAUUAGAUACAUAUUUGGCCCCAGAUGUUUGUAUAACUCCAGAAUAAUCUAGACUAUGUAUGUUUGAAUUAACUUUUUAUUGACUGUACAGACGUCCAUUUUUGACAUUACGCAUGGUCCUUUUAGAUCACAUGAAGUUUGAUUUGCAAACAUUUCUAUAGCUGAACUUGUAUGUGUGGUUGCCUCCUUAAUAAACAGCCUGACCAUAAUGUUUAUUAUUAAAUUUA